AUGGAUGUGAAAACUAUGCGAAAACAGUUCUUAUUCGCACUUGCAUGCAGUGUUUUCGCCAUCUUAUCUAUUGUUAUAGCCGUACCACUGGUUCUCACAAGUCUUGAUAAUCUCAAGGCUGAUGUUGAUGGUGACAUGAAGGAGUUCAAGGCAAGUUCUAUUGUUGAAUAUCUGCCAUACUCACAAUGCCUAAAGGCACAUUCCACGAUCAGCGUAGUGGAACAAACCUCCUGGGUGGUGCAGAGGUACGUCAGCUUUACAAGCGACUAA